UGGAGAUGCGUGAUGAAGUUGAAGAUGAGAAUGAAGACGUUGUUGAUGAUAAUAAUGAAGGGGACCAGCAAGACAAUCAAGUUGAUGAUGGUGAUGUAGAUGAAUAUAACUAUGCGUCUGAUAACAACACUUGAAAUUCACAAUGCCUCCGAAACAAAAAGAGAAAGGCAAGAGCAAGGACCCCAGGAGGCGGUUCACAACACACAUUGCGGAUCCAGCCACACUUGCCACAUUGACUCCCUUUCCCAGACCACCCUCUUCUUCUAGCCAGGGAUCGACUGGGUCAUCCCAAGCUAGUGCUGCUGCACCCGCUGGAGGGUCUGGUGUUGUUGCACCUGUUGGUUUUAUCCUCCCUACAGGUUACCAGUUGCCUCCUCCACCAACAUUUCCUCAUGGGCAGACCAGCUUUAUAAUCCCUCAACAUCAACAACCCCCACCACCCCAACAUCAACAACCCCAACCCCAACCCCAACAGGGUGCUGAUGAUGAUGAUGAGGAGAUGGCAGAUUAUCCGCAAGAUGAACAAGAGCGUUACAUCAUUGUGCCUAGCGGGAACUCUUUCAUGCCCUGCAAGCCAGCCGCCAGUGCCAUUAGAGACAUCAUCCAGGGAAGGUUUCAUGGAUUUUGGAAGACUUAUGGUGAUAUCCCAGAUGAUGAAAAGGAUGCAUGGUUUGGUCUUUUUGAGAUGAAGUGUACCUGGAACCCCAGGUACUAUGCUCAGAUAAGGAGGAACUUUCACAUUAGAGCUUCUGCCCGCCUCUCCGACAUGUUGCGACAUGUCCGACUUCGUCACGAGACUGCUGGAAAGAGGCCCUACUGGAUCGGGGAGCCACUUAUGAGGCAGUUGGUGGACUAUUGGGGGAGUCCAGAGUUUAAGGCGAAAUCAGAGAAGGCAAAGAAGAACAGAGCAUCAGAGAAAGGGGGAUGCAUCCACACGGGAGGCUGCAUAAGCACAGCAGAGCAUGCCCGUCGACUGGCAAAGAAGCUGGGUAGGGAGCCAUACAUAAAUGAGCUCCACAAGAAGACCCACACAUAUCGAUCAGGCCAGUAUGUUGAUGAUCGCUCCAAGAUAUGCCAGGAGGAGUAUGAUCGUCAGCUAUCGGAGGCGCUCUCCCGUGGAUGCUCUGUUGAUGAAGCUCUCACACUUCGUGCAUGGACGAAAGUUGCUGGUGAGAAGAAGAAGGGGCGAUUGUACGGUGCAGGAAACUUAGCUGGAAACUUCCGCAAGGGUGUUGCUACCACUCUAAAGUUGACCCUUAAUGCUGGGGAGGGCUCUUCUCGGCAACCUGAGCUCACUCCAGAAAUGCGGGAUCUGAUCACUAGGUUGACUCAAGAACAGCUUGCUGCCCAUAUGCAAACCCAACAGGACCUGAUCCAUGAGGUGGUUAGGAAGCAACGAGAAUUCCUAGACUCUCAGUUGGACACAUUUAGGCAAGAGCAAGGUGUUGGGCAGCAGAGUGGAAGCCGAGAGAGUGUGAGGGCUCCUCCAGUGUGUGAUGAUGAUGCGGAUGACCCCUAUGAAGUGUAUGGUGAGGGCGAAGAGGAUGAUGAUGACGACCUCGAGAUGGAUGAUUGAUGCUUAAUUAUGAUGCUUGUUGUGUGUUUUCUUUACUAUUAUGUUAUGGUUUGUAUGAUUUUGGGAGGUUUUCCAUGCUUCCCGGCACAAUAUUUAUUUUCCUGCACGGUUUGUAAUA